AGAAGUGGGAAGCCCAGGGCUUUCUUCCCCGGGUGGCAUGUGGAAGGGAAACCUCUCUCCACCCCUCGGCGGUGAUGGCAGCUGCAGGAGGAAGAGUGCUUGAAAUGAGCCUUCGAUGGGGGACUUUUCUGCGUCUUCACUCUUCAUCCCCGUACUGACAGCCUCCCUGACAGCCGAGAGUCCUCUUGAGGCAGCUGCUUCAGCUCCGGCCCCCGUGCGCUGCUGCGGAUCUGAUCAGCGAAGCCUGGGACACAGGACCAGGUACCCUGGGAUGAGGAGGGAGUUAGGGAUCCGCUUGGACAAGGUCAGGCUCAGGCUUUCUUGAUCAUGGAUGGUGAGGAUAUACCAGAUUUUUCAAGUUUAAAGGAGGAAACUGCUUAUUGGAAGGAACUUUCCUUGAAGUAUAAACAAAGCUUCCAGGAAGCUCGGGAUGAGCUAGUCGAAUUCCAGGAAGGAAGCAGAGAAUUAGAAGCAGAGUUGGAGGCACAAUUAGUACAGGCUGAACAAAGAAAUAGAGACUUGCAAGCUGAUAACCAAAGACUGAAGUAUGAAGUGGAAGCAUUAAAGGAGAAAUUAGAACAUCAAUAUGCACAGAGCUACAAGCAGGUCUCCGUAUUAGAAGAUGAUUUAAGCCAGACUCGGGCCAUUAAGGAGCAGUUGCAUAAGUAUGUGAGAGAGCUGGAGCAGGCCAACGAUGACCUGGAGCGGGCGAAAAGGGCAACGAUAGUUUCACUGGAAGACUUUGAACAAAGGCUAAAUCAGGCCAUUGAACGAAAUGCAUUUUUAGAAAGUGAACUUGAUGAAAAGGAAUCUUUGUUGGUCUCUGUACAGAGAUUAAAGGAUGAAGCAAGAGAUUUAAGACAAGAACUAGCUGUUCGGGAAAGACAACAGGAAGUAACCAGAAAAUCGGCUCCUAGUUCUCCAACUCUAGACUGUGAAAAGAUGGAUUCUGCUGUCCAAGCGUCACUUUCUUUGCCAGCUACUCCUGUUGGCAAAGGAACGGAGAACAGUUUUCCGUCACCAAAAGCUAUACCAAACGGUUUUGGCACCAGUCCGCUGACUCCUUCAGCGAGGAUAUCGGCACUGAACAUCGUGGGGGAUCUCUUACGGAAAGUGGGGGCUUUAGAAUCCAAAUUAGCAGCUUGCAGGAAUUUUGCAAAGGACCAAGCAUCACGAAAAUCCUAUAUUUCAGGGAAUGUUAACUGUGGGGUGAUGAAUAGCAACGGCACGAAGUUCUCUCGAUCAGGGCACACGUCUUUCUUUGACAAAGGGCCAGCAAGCUUUCUUGGCAGAUACUCGUUCGGAGUGGAGGAGAACAGGAUGGUAUACGUGCGAAUUCCUCAGCAGACCCUCUGUCUGAAGGGUUUCGAAAACGAUAAAAAUGGCUCGAUCAGGGCAGUAAACGGCUUUGACCCAGCUCCUCCUCCUCCUGGUCUGGGCUCCUCGCGCCCGUCGUCGGCACCGGGUAUGCUGCCUCUCAGUGUGUGAGUGCCCGGCCUCCGGGUGGGGGCCCCUGCCCUCCUCCAGCAACCCAGGACACCCACGCCUCGCCCCUCGGUGCCUGGGCCCAGCGUGCGCCCCGCCGUCUGCCUCUGCCUCCGCACGGCCGGCGGAGGGCAGGCUGCAUGCAGGGGCGGCUGCUGGGCCCCGCCAGCCCCAGGACUCUGCGCGAUUUCAAUACUGGCUCUUUUCUCUCCUCGCCGUAGUGCCGUUGGUUUCACAUGAUUGCACUUUUGUGGGUCACAAGGUGAUACAUGCGUGUAUUACUUGGUCACUGGAUGCAGAAGUACCCAUUCGUCACACCUGCCUCAUAGCUCCCACCCUGCUCUACUGAUAGGAUUUAGUUGUGUUUAGGACAUUGCAGAUCUUCUAGAAGUUCUCCCCCAAAUCAGGUCGACAUGCGCCCUCCUCCUGAGCGCCCACGGAGCGUCUCCAGUGCUCACGAUCACGUGUCCCCUACUCCCCCCCCUCCCCCCGGUGGGGCCUGUUGCUGGCCAAGAGUCAGGAAGGUCACUGAGUUAGGGAACAUUUUCUGCACCUUCUGCUUUUACGUUAGCGGUUAUCAUUCCAUAGCUUGCCUCCCAGAGCAGCGAAACGCCUGUCUGAGCCCCAGAUGGCAGGAGGUUCCGGGGCCUGGGCGCACGCAGGGCGGUGCCCCCAGCCAUCUCCUCCUCCUCCACGUGCCUCAGACUCCGGGUAGGGGUGGCGGCAGCCUCCUCGCCAGCCCUCUGGUCCUUUGGUUCAAUGACAUCUUCAGAGCAUUUUUGUUUUGUCUUCUAAGGGCCCCUCCCGUUGUGUUAGGAAGGGUUGAGUGGCCUGAUGCCGGGGGGCCGGCCGGUGCCAGCUUCUGGGGGGGGGGCAGACUGACCGGAAGUGGUUGUCCCUGUGCGUCCUUUGAUUACUCUCAUGCUGCAUUUACUGUUUACAUUUGUUUUCUUGUACAUAGGUUUGUAAACAUUAUUGCCUAAGAUAUUUGUAUAUAACUUGGGCUUUGUAGCUUUUAUUUAUUCAGAACUCACAUGGCAUGUUAAUGACUCACGAUGGUGUCCGACUCUGGGCAGCUGUAUAGGAUCAUCAUGUGGUGAAAAAGAAGUACUUCCCUCCAGAAAAUCUUUUAAUGUGGAAACAAUAAAUUUCACAGAAAAAAAAGUA